GGAUGUAAUUCAGAAGAAAUUCCGGUUCCCGAUUUUUAUGGUAGAAAUUCGCCUAUAUCUGUUUUCUGCCGGUUAGUUCUGUAGUUUUUACUUGAACUAUGCCGGGCCCGUACAAAGAAACGGACCUGACGGAGAGGGUCGAAGCUUUCCUGUCGGACCUGAAGCGGGGAGGCAGCGGAACCGGACCUCUGAGAGGUUCGGCUGAAACGGCCAGAGAAACGACGGCGCUACUCCGCAAAAUUACCGCCCAGGCUCGGUGGAGCAGCGCAGGUGAUCUCAUGGAGAUCAUCCGUAAAGAGGGCAGGAGAAUGACCGCUGCUCAGCCUUCAGAGACCACCGUUGGUAACAUGGUCAGAAGGGUGCUGAAGAUCAUCAGAGAGGAAUACGCCAGAUCUCGAGGUAGCAGUGAAGAAGCAGACCAACAGGAGUCGCUCCACAAGCUCUUGACCUCUGGAGGACUCAGCGAGGAGAACUUCAGGCAUCAUUUUGCUCCUCUUAAAGCUAACGUCAUCGAGGCCAUCAACGAGUUGCUGACGGAGCUGGAGGGAACGACUGACAACAUUGCGAUGCAGGCACUGGAACACAUUCACUCCAACGAGGUCAUCAUGACAAUCGGGCGCUCUCGCACCGUAGAGGCCUUCCUCAAAGACGCUGCGCGGAAACGCAAGUUCCAUGUCAUCGUAGCAGAGUGUGCACCCUUCUGCCAGGGACAUGAAAUGGCCACCAGCCUAUCAAAAGCGGGCAUAGAAACAACCGUGAUUGCAGAUGCGGCCAUAUUUGCGGUCAUGUCUCGAGUUAAUAAGGUCAUCAUCGGUACUCAGACAGUCCUAGCAAAUGGUGGUUUGAGGGCCGUCAAUGGAACACAUACACUUGCCCUCGCGGCCAAACAUCACUCAACACCUCUCAUCGUUUGUGCUCCGAUGUUCAAGCUCUCACCUCAGUUUCCAAAUGAGGAAGACACCUUCCAUAAAUUUGUUUCCCCACACGAAGUCCUCCCUUUCACCGAAGGUGAGAUCCUCUCUAAAGUCAACGUACACUGUCCAGUGUUCGACUACGUUCCUCCUGAGCUCAUCACUCUCUUCAUCUCCAACAUUGGAGGACAUGCACCCUCAUACAUUUAUCGACUAAUGAGUGAGCUUUACCACCCGGAGGACCACGAGCUUUAAUCGCUCUGACCCAGCACCAACAUGCGAUGGUUUGAGCCCACUGAGGACGAUGUGGAUCCAGGUCCGGAGACUAGCGGUGCUUCCUGGAGUUGCUGGCAGCAGGGAUGGUCCUGCUGUUUUAUUUCUUCUUAUCUUCUCUUUUCU